AUGAAACAAAUUGUCUUUUUUUUUUGUUUUUUUUUUUUUAAAAACAUAGUUAACCCAGAAAAAAUCAAUGAUAUUCCUUUAGUUAAUUAUGAAAUGAUCCCUUUGCAAAGAUGGAAGGUAUCUGCAAAAGAAUUAAUAAAAUUAAAAGAAAAACUAAAAAUUUUCAUAGCAUCAGAAAUUCAAAAAGAAGGUUCUAGGAUUCUCAGAAAAUAUUAUAAAGAGUUCUAUGUUUUAGAUGAAGAUAAUAAUGAAAAAGUAUCUACGGAAACUAUACUUGAUAAAGAAAUUAAAACUCCUCCAUUUUUAGAAAAUACUAAAUUAGAUGAAAAUGAAAGUAAAAAUAAAAUAAAAAAAUCAUUUGGAAUAAAUGGUCCUAUAUUAAUAAUUUAA